AUGUGCAAAAAACUUGUACUUAGGCCGGAUGGUCUUGCUGUCCUUGACAGGUGGUGGUGGGGUGGGCAGUGGGAAGUGUGUUCGGGCACUUGGACUUUUCUCACUCUUGGAGGUGCAGAUGAUUUUGAGGAUCGUUUUCCUGAGGGGCAGCAAGCUCACUGCCCGACCCGGAUGCUGAACUCGAGCUUGACGAGAAAAUCCUCUUCUCACCAGAGGGCGCACGCGUGCACCCAGGGUGCAUUCCAUGCUGUAUUUGGGCACGGACCUGCCAUUGAAUUGGACUCUUAUGUCAUGUAUCAUGCCCAAUUUGAGUAUGGAAGGCUACUAGCACGACCAGGCGACAAGGAUGCUGCGAGGCAGCUAGUUCUACAAAACCUACUCACUGUGCCCCAAUUUAGGGUUAGGGUUACAUUCCAGAACAGAUUUCCGACAUACACCGGUGGAUACAUCAGUUUCACCAUCGCAGCUGUCGGCAAGAACUCUUUUUUGCAUAACAACUCAAUCAUGUCCAACCAGCACUCUCGAGAGGCACUGUAUUAUCAAAACUCGCCAUUCUUGCAAGACGCUGGGAUCACUGCAUCCCUCAGCCCUAUUUCAGUCACUAGCUUCCACCUAAGUUCUUGCCCUCGACCGUCCAAGAACCCCCAGGAUUGCUGGGCACUUGUCAUAUACCGUACACUGAGCCCCUGA